UGUGGCGUGUACUAUGAUCUGUGGUUUAUAACCUCGCUUUUUGGUCGUGAACGUCAAAUUGUUUUCCUCAAAUAAACAUUUUAAAAAUAUUCAGAAAAAUCCACUCAAUUAUCAAUAGCACGCAAAUUGAACGUUGAAAAAUGCGCUCAACAAUUAGUGAACAAACAAAACUGGACAAGAAAAACCAGUUUUCACUAUGGGCUUACAACCAACUACUUGUUUUCUUCUGUUUAGUAGGACUGGGGCUCUCUUUAUAUUCCUAUACAGUGGAACUUGCGAUGGAGGGCAACAAGAACUAUAAACCGUACUGUGAUAUCAGUCCUCACAUGAGUUGCACAAAGGCUUUUGGUUCUUCAUAUGGAAAAGGAUUGGGAAUAUUUGGAGAAAACUCCAUCUUCAACAAACCGAACAGCUUCUUCGGAAUUGUAUUCUACAGCAUGGUGGCAACCCUCAGUUUGGUAAAUUCGCCUAUUACAGUGACUGCUUCCCUAGUGCUGAUAAUCUCAUCAAAUUUCGCCUCUUUAUACUUUAUGUACGUUCUGUACUUUAUCUUGAAAGAUCUGUGUUUGGUCUGCAUAGGCACUUAUAUAGUGAAUGUAACAAAUCUGCUUUUAAUUACGAGUAAAUUCAAGAAAAUCCGAGAAAUCAAUAGGACAGAACUGAAGAGGCAAAAGUCCAACUUAAAAAAGAAGCCAGAGUAACAAAUUGCUGAUUUUCUUACGGUUUUCUGUUGCAUUUAAGGUUUAAAUUCAAAUACAAACCUGCCAAAUUUAAGAAACAUUCGUUUUGAAUUUUUGUUGCAUUUUGCAAUGAAAUAUUUUUCUGGAAAUAUCUAGUUUUGGUCGUUUGACGGAUUUUAACUGAACGCUGUGGUAUUUGAACCCUUUGAGUUUUUGUUAUUUUUGUUGUGUUUGAUUUAAUAGUGAAUUAUUUAGAAUUUUCAUGUGAAUAUGAGUGAAUUAAACCCCGAUUGGAAACCAA